AUGAUUAAAAGAAUACUACGACAAAGAUGGAUUCCUAAACGAUAUAAUCAUAUUCAACCAACACCAUACUAUCCAAAACAAAAAGAAAUCAACAUAACAAAUGAUUCAACUAAUGAAGAAGAAUUAAAUAUCAUCUCAUCAUCAUAUAUCCAACCAGAACCAAAACCAAAUGAUAAAAUCAUAAUAGCAAUGUCAUCAGGAGUAGAUUCAUCAGUAUGUGCAGCAUUAUAUGCUUCAAAAUAUCCCAAACAAAAUAUAACAGGAAUAUAUAUGUCAAAUUGGUCACAAUCAUCAUCAUGCACAGAAAGAGAUUGGAAAGAUGUUCAAAUAAUUUGUAAUCAAUUAGGUAUAAAUAGUGAAAGAAUUAAUUUUGAAUUUAAUUAUUGGGAUAAAGUAUUUAAUCCAAUGAUUGAAAAUUAUAAAAUUGGUUUAACUCCAAAUCCUGAUAUUUCAUGUAAUAAAUUUGUUAAAUUUGGUAAAUUAAUUGACUAUCUAACUGAAAAAUUUAAAAAUGAAAAAGAAAAUUGGUGGUUAAUUACUGGUCAUUAUGCAAGAAUUAUGAAACUAGAUAAUGAAUUUCAUUUAUUAAGAGGUUUAAGUACAAAAAAAGAUCAAUCAUAUUAUUUAUCUUCAAUUCCCUCUCAAAAUUUAUCAAAAAUUAUAUUACCAUUAGGUCAUAAUUUAAAAUCAGAAACAAGAAAAUUAGCUUCCCAUUAUAAUUUACAUGUUUCAAAAAAACCAGAUUCUCAAGGUUUAUGUUUUGUAAAUCCCACCACAAAAAAAUUUUCAAAUUUUUUAAAUGAAUAUAUUGAACCAAAUCCAGGAAAUAUAAUAACAGAAGAUGGUAAAAUUUGGGGUAAACAUUUUGGGUUAUGGCAUGGUACAAUUGGUCAAAAACUGAGUAUUUCAAUGCCUCAAGGUGAUCCUAACUACAAAGGAACUUGGUUUAUUUCUGAAAAAAAACCAACCACUAAUGAAAUAGUAAUUGUAAAAGGUCAUGAUAAUCCAAAUUUAUUUAAAAAAAGAUUUAAAAUUAUAAAUAAUGAUUGGGUAUAUGAUUUAAAUAAAAUUGAAAAAUUUAAACCACUGGAAAUUCAAUUUCAAUAUCAUUCAUUAUCUAAACCUAUUGGAAUUGAAAAAAUUGAAUUUUUCGAAAAUGAUAAUUCGUUUGUGGUUGAACUUGUAGAAAAAGUUAGAGCUGUUGCUCCUGGUCAAGGUGGUAUAUUAUAUAAAGGUAAUCAAGUAUUAGGUGGUGGAAUGAUUAUAGAAGCUAUAGAGUAG